CACACAAAUGUAUUUAUUUUUUUAAUAGAUAUACAUUUUUAAACAAAAAUAUUUAAUAUGAUCGAUUACUUUAUUGAUAAUUAAUCGUCAUUCUUUGUACAGAUUUAAUCGUCAUAAUUACAAUAAAAAUACUUCUAAUGAACUUAUUAAUAUAAUUUUCUUUAAAAAAAAGAAUAGACAAGCUAAAAGAUACUUAUUAUUAUCGGUCUUCAUUUUUUUUUUCCGGUAGGGAAUGCUUAGGUGGAGUCGUACUAUUGCAUCUCACCAGACUCGUCAGCAAAGGUUGACCAAUGAGUUCAACAAGAAGAGAUAAACCCUAUUCAGAAUGAACAUGCCACGUGUCAUCAUGUAAGGUGAGGCGGAUAUGUGAUAAUGGACUGGUGACCGUAGAUUGUAAUGAUCAAAUAAUUAGGCUAAUAAUGGUGUACCCUUCAGUACACCCCUUUUAUAUAAAUGAAACACACUUUAUCCUUUCUCAGAUCAUAUUCUACAUGUUAUUCUUAUUUAUAUUCCUACUAUAUGGCAUCCACCUCUUCUCAGACUCUCUCACUCUAAUUUCUUCAUCAACUUCUUCUCUCAUCUCAUCUCUAACAUAAUUCUUUCUACUUAGGCUUUAUCACAAAAUCUUUCUGUCUGUAAUUUUUUUUUUUUUUUGGGGUUGUUGUAGUUGUCACUUUAUGAUGGCCAUGAUUCAGAACAACGAAGCUGAGGAAGAGAAAGGCAGAAGAGUUGUGGAGAUGAAAAUCAACGGCGGAGGUGAGGCCGAGCGAAACGACGCCGUCGCUACGGAAGAAACAAACCAAACGUUGUCGUUAAAUGAAGCGGCGCCUACUUCGUUGUCGGUUGAGCCAAAGGAAGAGCCCGAGGAAAGGUCGUCGGCGGACGCGUUGCAAUUAGUGCCGCUUACCGUUAAAGUGCCGGGGACAGUAGCGAAGAGGGCUUCGACGAAGGAUCGUCAUCGUAAAGUAGAGGGACGAGGCCGGAGGAUCCGAAUGCCUGCGGCUUGUGCCGCUCGGAUCUUUCAGCUGACCCGGGAACUUGGUCACAAAUCCGACGGCGAAACCAUCAGAUGGCUCCUCGAACACGCUGAACCCGCCAUAAUAGCCGCCACUGGAACAGGAACCGUUCCUGCCAUAGCUAUGUCUGUUAACGGAACACUUAAGAUCCCCACCGAUACGCCCGACCCGGAGCCAGAUGACCCGACCCUUAAGAGGAAGCGGAAACGACCGGUGAACAGUGAGUAUGUGGACGUAAACGAAGGCUUUUCAGUCUCAGUCUCAGCCGGGUUGGCACCUCUAACUCAAACCCAACAACAACACCAACAGCCCCAGCCCCAGCACCAACAACAAGCAGUGCCUCAAGGUUUCGUCCCCAUGUGGACCAUACCUUCAAACGCCGUCGUGCCAGGAGCGUUCUUCGUGGUCCCACCUAUGGCUUCCGUUGCCGGACAUAAUAAUACCCCAUCAACAAGCCAACCCCAUAUAUUCACAUUCCAGAACUCAGCGACACCGUUUAUCAACAUCUCAGCAACCAGACCCAUAUCAUCGUUCGUCUCCUCCAUGGCCAAUUUCGUCACUGCCCCAGUUCAAUUCCAAGCUACUACUACUACUGCUUCCUCUAAUUUAACCUCAAUCAAUUCAGUGCAGAAACCGCCACCAAUGGCGACUCCGAGUGUAAUAACAUCAGAUAGCGCCGCCACCGCCUCCGCCGCCGCAGCAACAACGACGAGUACGGCAACAACUCAGAUGCUCAGAGAUUUUUCUUUGGAGAUAUACGAUAAGAAAGAACUCCAGUUCAUGACUCGUUCCUCGAAAAAUUGACUUUCAAAAAUUAAAAAAAAAAAAUAAAGGAGUAGAGAGAGAAAAUCUGAAGGCGGAGAGACGGGGUGUGGGUCACGUGGUCACGUGUGGACGCGUUUAAAAGGUAGUGCACGUGUAAAGUGGGGUCGUAUUUGUAGUAGGUAGGGACCACUUUUCUGGUGGGUCAAUACAUUUAUAUAUAUAAUAUUUUUUUUAAAGUUUUUAGAAAGAGGGAAGGGGAAAAGGGUAUUGGUUGGGCUUUUUUGGGUCCGUGGACCGUGCGAGAAAGAGAAGGAAUGGGACCCAGCAAGUGGUGUUUGGAUUGGUCAUGUGAUGGUGGGCGCGGGCCCCAAGGGGCGAGGUGGGGAGGGGUCCGGGAGGGACCUCAUUAGAGCACAAUUCUCGAUGUAAGGAAGGCGUGUGUGGGGUGUGGGGUCCGGUCCAGUGGUCCCCAGAGAAGAGGAAAGGGAAGGAUAGUUGGGCGGGGUUCUGUGGUCCAACCAAAAGGUUUGGGGUUUUAGGUUUGGAUGUCGACACGUUUCAAAGUGCUGAUGCUGGUGUGUCAUGGGCCCCAUAUUUUCUCCAUUUAAAUAUCGGCCAAGUGGUUGUAUUGUAUAUUGGUGGGACCAUCUUCUGGUGGUUGUUGUUGUUGUUGUUGUUGGUAUUUUUAUUUUUUAUUUAGGAUUAUGAACGAAACUGAUAAAACCUCCCGUUUUUAUUCUCUCUAUAUUUAAUAUUUAAUGCUCUUUUUUUU